AUGAGACCCGCCAACAUUUUGCAGAUUGCUGCCCUGGGAGCGAUCGUCCCGGGAGCACUCGGCGCCCCCCAGGGUGAUAUCGACAGGCACUGCCGCCGUGGUCUCCCCGAAGGUGCAGGCCUUUGGAAGCGAAUGGGGUUCGCCAUCAGCUGCUCCAUCACCCGCCACAGCCCGGGUUCGGCCUCGAAUCCCGAGGUGGCACGCCAGCCCGCGUCCGGCAAUGGCCAAGGCAUUCCCCGCGCCAACAGCUGGCCCAGCCCGAGUCGGCCUCUGGGCGCCGGGUUCCCGCCGGGCUCUCCGAGUUCUCCUCCGCCACUGACCCGACAAGGUGCCUUCAUGGGGUCGGACCGUUUCGGUCAAGAUCCCAUGAGUUCCGGGUCGGGCAGCUCGGACCCAUCGGGCAGUUUCAGCAGGCAGUCUUCCAUGGGUAGCCCCAUGGGACAGGGUGGUGCCGCCCAGUCGCACAGCCUCCGCCGAGACCCCACGGGCGAGGAGGGGUUCCAUGACGCGCCUGACAGGUUUGACAGCCCCAAUCCCGCAGCAGCCGCCGCCAUGGGUGGUGCCGCUGGUGGAGCAGCCGGUGCCGCCGCGGGUGCCGGGAGACAGAGCAGACUGGACCCGCUGUCCAGGUGCGUCGCCGGGGUUUGCAGGAAGGUUGCCGACCGUCUCGACCCGAGCGGAGCAGCCGCCAUGGGAGCCCAGGGUCAAGGCGCCGGGAUCCCGGGCGGUGCUGACGAGGGUGCUGCUGCUGGUGGUGCCGCUCCAGGUGGCCGCCGCCGCUUCGGAUUUUCUAGCGGUCUGAACAAGAUGAAGGGAAGGCUCCGAAACUUCGGUCAAGGCGGCGGCCAGGGCGCUGGCCAGAUGGCUGACCCCAACGCUGACCCCAACGCCGAUCCUGCUGCUGCAGCCCAGACCCAGGGUGGCCGCCGCCGCUUCGGAUUCUCCAGCGGUUUGAACAAGAUGAAGGGAAGGCUCCGAAACUACGGUCAAGGCGGCGGUCAAGGCGCCGGCCAGAUGGCUGACCCCAGCGCUGACCCCAACGCCGACCCCAACGCCGAUCCUGCUGCCGCAGCCCAGACCCAGGGUGGCCGCCGCCGCUUCGGAUUUUCCAGCGGUCUCAACAAGAUGAGGGGAAGGUUCAUGAACAACGGUCAAGCCGGUGGCCAAGGCGCUGACCCCAGCGCCGGUGCUUCAGACCCUGAUGCUCCGCCCCAGAUUCGUCGCCCCAACCGCUUCGGCUUCGGAGGUUUCAAGACUUCGGUCAAGGCAGGCUUCUCCUCGCACGGCCAAGCCCCGGCUGUCUAG